AGCGUGAGCCACUGCGCCCAGCCGUGUUUUAUAAUUUUAAAUGGCUGUAUAAUAUUCCAUUUUAUAUACGUACCCUUUUUAAAUCCAUAUUUAGAAUGUUGUACAUUUAGGUUGUGUUCAUUUUUUUUUCUCACUUAAACACUCUCUGUUAACCCUUUUUUGUGGAAAUUUUUGCAUGCAUUUGUGAAUGUCUCCUUGAGGUAAAUUCCCAGAAGUAGGAUUCCUGGGUUGAAGAUAUUUAUAAGAUAUAGAUCUUAUACUACCUUCCAGAAGAGUUGCAUCAAUUUUUUACUCUCCUCAAGUAGUGUAUAAGUAUGCCCUUUUUUCUCAUACAUUUCAAAGCAUUGGAUUUUGUCCAUUUAAAAAGUAUUUGCAAAAAAAAAAUAUCAGUCUUUACAUUUUUUGGUUACCAGAGAGGUUAUACAUCUUUUCAUAUAUUUAUUGGCUUGACAAAUAUUUUGGUGCAUUAUCUGUAGCUCAUGGUUGACAGCUCAGACAGAGAAAAAUUUGAGGGAGGAUGGACGCAAAAUCUCGGAAUUGUUUGCUUCAACAUAAAGCAGCUCUGGAAAAGGACAUCAAGACACCAUACAUCAUGGAUCACAUGGUUGGUGAUGGAGUUUUAACAACAUUGGAGGAAGAAGAAGUAAGAAAUGAGUCUACUCAACAGAAAAGAGCAGCUUUGCUAAUUAAAAUGAUACUUAAAAAAGAUAAUUAUUGCUACAUAUCAUUCUAUAAUGCUCUACUCCAUGAAGGAUAUAAAGAUCUUGCUGCCCUUCUCCAAGAUGGAAUUCCUGUUGUCUCUUCUUCCAGUGACAAAGAUUCAGUUGGUAGAAUAACUACAUAUGUAAGGACAAUUUUAUGUGAAGGUGGAGUACCACAGAGGCCGGUCGUUUUUGUUACUAGAAAGAAACUGGUGAAUACAAUU